AUGCGUGACGCAGAUAGGGUGGUGGAAGAGGGGCGGGCAGAGGCGGAAUGGAAGGUUAGAGGAGCGCUUAAGUACGAAUGGAGGGUUGGCGGGAACGGUGAAGGGGAUGGCAUAAGCGAGAACGGAGAGAGGGAGGGUGUGGGCAGGGAAGGAGGAGAGGGCAGUAGCAGCAGCGGCGGAAGCAGUGGUGCUUCAAGCAUCCCUAGCAGCACCUUCAGCAGCACCCCCAGCAGCCCUCAGGGUGCAUGUGGGCGGUGGGAGCGGUUCUCAGGGGAGGCAAUGUGCCGGGUAGUGGCAGGGCGCAACACGAUGAUCGUGGGGGACUCGCUCAACUUGCAGCUCGCCCACGCCCUGCGCUACAACGUGCGUGUGGGGGCGGAGGACCCAGGGGAGCGUGUACGGCGUGGGCGCAUCUCGGUGCUGUGCCGGCGGGUGAGGGAUGCUUCGUACUCCCCCUGGCUGUCGCUGCAGCGCUGCUGGACUGCUGUGCUCUGUGGGGACGUGGAAGGGAGGGGUGACGGUGGGGAUGUGGUGGGGCAGAGCGAGAGCAGCGACAGCAGCAGUGAGGAAGGAAGCCCACCUUCACCCGCUCGCCCCUCUCUCGCAUUCAACCUCUCCUUCGUGCGCGAUGACUACCUGCUCUCCCCCGCCUGGCGCAACCAGUGGCUCACAAAGCGCGUGCACGGCUCGUGGGUGGAUGACUUGCGGCGGGAGAACGUGUCGAUUCUGAUUGUCAACCGCGGCGCGCACUUCACCCCCCACGAGUCGUUUGCGUGGGAGGUCUCGGGGCAGCUGGCUUGGCUGCGGGAGCAGUUUCCAGAUUUGCUGAUUGUUGUGCGUGGGACGCCGGCGGGGCAUAGGGGGUGCAUGCGUUACGACCGUCCCUUGGAAAAGAAGUUUGGAAAGGAUGAUUCAAGUGAUAGUGAUAAGGGAGAUGGGAUUUUUAAGCAUGUAGAUAAGUAUAACUGGGAUAAGUUUGCGCGGCAGAAUGAAGUUGCGAGGAAAGUGGCGGAGGCGGUGGGGGCUGUGUAUAUGGACGUGGAGAGUAUGACAGAGCUGAGACCGGAUUCUCAUAGAGGGGCCAAGGACUGCCUUCAUUAUUGUCACCCUGCCUCUAAACCCGUUGCUGUCGUUUCCGGUACAGCCAUUGUUAUGGCUGCAGAGGAGGAGUUACGGCCGGUAGAGGAGAAUAAAGACGUGCCCGAAGCGGGAGAGGCUACAGAGGAGAUUAAAGCGGUCGAUGGGGCGUCGGAGGAAGGGCAGGAGGACGACGGAAGCGAGGAUUUCAACAAACUGAUUCCGGCUGACGAUUCGGAUUCCGAUUCGUCAGAUUCGGAAGCGACGGCGCAAGACCAAGCGGAGAAAAAAUCCGCAUUGCAGGCGGCGCGCGAGCAGAAGCGCGCAGAUGCGGCGGCGGAGCGGAAGGAGCGGCGGGCGCUGAAGGACCUGCUGCGGCGGCCGUGGGGGAACUUCCGCCUGCAGGGGGAAGAGGGGGUUUCUGUUUCCCCUUUCUCUACCCCCUCGCCUACCUCUCUUUUCCAGCGCCCAUCGCGCAACACGGUGGGCAAGGUGCCUCUGGAGUGGUACAAGGAGGAGGGGCACAUCGGGUACGACAGAGAGGGAAAGCGCAUUAUGAAGCACAAGGGGCGCGCCUCUAAGGGGGACAAGCUGGACGAGUUCCUCGCCCACACCGACGACCCUGAUGCGUGGAAGGUGGUGUACGAUGAGUAUAACGACGAGGAGAUCCGGCUGACAGAGGAGGACAUUGAUAUGAUCCGCCGAAUCAGAGAGGGGCGCACCCCACACGCCAAUGUCAACCCCUAUGAGCCGUACCUGGACUGGUUUGACUGGGACGAGAAGUGGGAUCCUCUCAACGCCCAGCCAGAGCCCAAGAGGCGCUUCACCCCCUCCAAGCACGAGGCCAAGCAGGUGAGGCAAGCACGAGGCCACGCAGUUCCUUUCCACACAUCCCUAGACUCCCCCUUUCACUUCCCCCUCCUCUCCUCCCCACACGCGCAGAUAGUGCGGCUGGUGCGAGGACUGCGGAAAGGAACAAUAAAAACGCUGGCGCAGAGGGAGAAAGAGAGGAAGCAGAGAGAGAGCGAGGGGCAGCAGCAGGCGGUGUACCUGAUGUGGGGAGACGACCUGAAAGCCAUUGCCUCUCAGUCCGAUAAGACCAAGAACGUCAACGGGCUCAGCUUCGUGCCCGCCCCCAAACCCAAGCUUCCAGGCCACGAGGAGUCGUACAACCCGCCAGUGGAGUACAUACCCACGGAGGAGGAGGUGGCGGAGAAAAUGAUGCAGGCGGAGUAUGAGGGCACCUCCGACUCGCUCUUCGUGCCCAAGCAGUACAAGUCGCUGCGUUCCGUGCCAGCCUAUCCGCGCUUCAUCCGAGAGCGCUUUGAACGUUGCCUCGACCUCUACCUGUGCCCGCGCGUCAAGAAGAACCGGAUUAUGAUCGACCCCGAUGCGUUGCUUCCCAAGUUACCCAAGAGGAAGGAUCUGCGUCCCUUCCCGCACUCUCUCUCCCUGCGCUACCUGGGACAUCAAGCCACCGUGCGAUCGCUCUCCCUGCACCCUUCAGGGCAAUGGCUCGCCUCAGGCAGUGAUGACGGCACGGUGAGGGUGUGGGAGGUGGACACCACGCGGUGCAGGAGGGUCAUCCAUCUGCCAAUGGCAGUCAAACACGUGGCAUGGAGCCCUGCUGCCUCCCGCCCCAUCCUCGCCAUCACCUC